AUGGCCACUUUCGUCGUUCCAGGCCAAGUCGUGGGCAGCACAGCCACCCACCUGCCCGGCCCCGGAACCCACGUCUACGAGAGCAACAUCCUCGCUUCGAUCAUCGGGCAAACGCUCACCGUACCCGCGGCGACCAAGACCAGCAAACCGACCAUCUCAGUGCCCCGACGAGGCCCGACGCCUUCGAACCUGUCAUCCGCCACACCUCUCCCAAAAGUCGGCUCGGUCGUGCUCUGCCGCGUCACGCGUGUCCAGCAACGCCAAGUUUCCGCCUCUGUCCUCCUCAUCGACCCGUCGCCGGAGGACGUAACCUCGUACACAUCCGCCACAAACGACGAGAUCCAGUUCCAAGCGGUGCUGCGUCGCGAGGACAUCCGCACGCACGAGAAAGACAAGAUCGUCGUGAACGACAUGUACAGGGUCGGAGACAUCAUACGGGCCGCCGUGAUCAGCCUCGGUGACGAACGAAACUACUACAUCAGCACGGCUGGCAACGAUUUCGGCGUGGUCGUGGCGACGAGCGAUGCCGGAAACGCCAUGGUCCCCACUAGCUGGAAGGAAAUGAAGGACGUGGUGACAGGCCAAGGAGAGAGUCGGAAAGUCGCGAAGCCUUCCUGA